AUGUCAGACCCGCAAGAAACCCCCAAGGUCGAGCCGCAGGAAACCCCCAAGGCCGAAUUGCCCACCCGUGAGAAAGCACCAAAGACCAAGGCGGAAAAGAAGAUGGAGGCCAAGGCUAAGCCUGAGAAACCAAUCGGCAAGGCAGAGGCGAAGUUGCCUCAAGGGGGGAAAGGAGGAAAGAAGAAGAAAAUGGAGGGAGCCGCCUUGAUCGGGAUCGACGUGUCCAAGGACGUCGACUUUUCCGAAUGGUAUCAACAAGUCUUGCUGAAGGGAGACAUGCUCGACUACUACGACAUUUCCGGAUGCUACAUUCUCAAACCUGCCUCGCAGUUCAUCUGGGAUGAGAUCCAUGCGUGGUUCGAUGCCGAGAUCAAGAAGAUGGGCGUCAAGAACUGUUCGUUCCCCUUGUUUGUAUCCGAGGAUGUGUUGAACCGCGAAAAGGAGCAUAUUGAAGGCUUUGCCGCCGAGGUGGCUUGGGUCACCCACGGCGGGAGUACCAAGUUGGAGAAGAAGAUCGCCAUUCGUCCGACGUCUGAGACCGUCAUGUAUCCUUACUACGCCAAAUGGAUCCAAAGCUACCGUGAUCUGCCUCUCAAACUCAAUCAGUGGAACUCGGUGGUGAGAUGGGAAUUCAAACAUCCUCAACCGUUCCUACGGACUCGAGAGUUCCACUGGCAAGAAGGUCACACGGCGUUUUUGACGGAGCAAGAGGCGGGCAAAGAAGUGCUUCAGAUCUUGGACCUGUACGCCACGGUCUACGAACAACUCCUUGCCGUCCCUGUCAUCAAGGGCAGAAAGACAGACAAGGAGAGAUUCGCUGGAGGGUUGUACACGACUACUGUGGAAGGCUAUAUUCCAGCCACCGGACGGGGAAUUCAGGGAGGUACUUCGCACUGCCUGGGACAGAACUUCAGCAAAAUGUUCGGCAUCACGGUGCAAGAUCCGAAUGCAAAGACGGAAGAGGAGAAGAAGAACAACCUAUUUGUCUGGCAGAACUCGUGGGGGUUGUCGACCCGUGUCAUCGGAGUGAUGGUCAUGAUCCAUGGCGACGAUCGUGGUCUGGUCCUCCCACCCCGUGUUGUCGAGGUUCAGGUUGUGAUUGUGCCGGUCGGAGUGACGGCCAAGAUGACGGAGGAGGACAAACAGGCCUUGUACAAGGAGAUUGAAGGGCUGAAAGAAGUGCUCAAAGCGGUCAACAUUCGAGUCGAGGCUGAUUUCCGUGAGGGAUAUUCUCCAGGCUGGAAAUUCAACGACUGGGAGCUGAAAGGUGUUCCACUUCGUCUCGAGUUCGGUCCAGGUGAAAGCAAGGGUCAUUUCGUGACAGCUGCCCGACGAGAUCUCCCCAAGGAGGAAAGCAAGAGUCAAAUCGCCAUUACCGAACUGAACACCGCCGUCCCUCAAUUGCUGGACACCAUUCAGAAGGAUCUCUACGAUCGCGCCAAUGCCAAAUACAAGUCGCACAUCAAGAAGAUUACUGACUGGGAGGAGUUUGUGCCGGCACUGAACGACAAGAACGUGAUUCUGUUGCCUCACUGUCUUACGGAGCAAUGUGAAGACCAGAUCAAAGACAUGAGUGCUCGCAAGGCGGAGGAACAGAGCGGUGUGCCACAAGACGAACGGGCUCCCAGCAUGGGAGCAAAGAGUCUGUGUAUUCCGUUCGACCAGCCAGAAGGCAUUGAGAAGGGAGUGACCAAAUGCGGGAAUCCUUAUUGCUCGAAUCUGGCAGAGGCAUGGUGCAUGUUCGGCCGGUCGUACUAG